CGUUGGAAUUUUUUUAUACGGCUUGGUUUACAAUGACUUUUUUGGCUUUGUUGGUAGUUAGGGUUCACUAGGCGGGAAGUUGUUAUCAAUUGACAGUUUUCUCAGCUUGUUUUUCUUAUUUACAACCCAUGGAAUGAUAAACAAUUAAAAACAAAAUGCUUCUCACUGAAAAAGAUUCCAAAUACAAACCAUUUGUGGAAAAACUAUUGGCACGUUGUCAGGAAAUACAAACUGAAAAUGAAAGGUUUGUGUUAAGAAUAAACAAUGUCAAGAAAAUGAUAAGGCGUCGUACAAGAGAUGUUGAGAUCCUCAAGGCAAGACUUGAUAGACACAAUGACGGUUGGAGGAGUUUGCCAAUGGUUGCUCCACAUCCCAAAAGAAAAAUAGAACAGAAGCGAGGGCCGAAACCUAAGAAUAAGGAUAUCAACACUAAUACUGCAGAAGCUACAACCAAAGAGAAGAAACCAAGAAAACAACGGGUUAAAAAAUCGGCAAGUGACGACAAAUUAAUUACAUCGACUGGGCAAGGUAUUAACAUGACCGCCAUGGACAUGCAAGAUAUGUUGUAUCAAGAGAGUCAAGCCCAACAGUUGCUUAUGAUGCAGCAGCGACAAAUGAAUCUUAAAAAUGAUCAGUUGCUGUGAUUUGCAUAGAUGGAUUUGUAAACAUUAGUAUUAAGUAGUGGUAUUAAUAUAAGAUAGCAAUAACAGCAUUUAAAAAGCUUGUA